UUUCCAAUGGACAUCGGAGUGAGUGACUCGUGCCGGGCUGCAUAGUAAAAAGUGUGAUGUGUAGAAUAUUCAAUUAAGGUCAGAAAAAACGUGAUUUUUGAUCUAGUAAUUUGGUCUGCUCUUUUGUAUGGCUUUUAUUUGGUGAUACCUAUAGUGUUAAUUUCUAUUGUGGCUUUUGGAUUUUUGGAUUGCAACGAAGUUUUCAAGAUGACUGAGGAGAUCAUGAGGCUUAACGAGCCGCCUCCCCCACCGCAAGGCGACAUCAUGGAACGCAUCAUCACCGAAGUGGGAGAGAUGGGCCGCUACCAGCGAUGGCUCUUCGUCUCCAUGAUGCCAUUCGGCCUGUUUUUCAUCUUUGCGUAUACGGUACAGAUGUUCAUAGCUGCCACGCCACAGGAGCACUGGUGUAAAGUACCUGAGCUGCAACAUUUGGACUUGGAUUUAAGACGAAACCUCUCAAUACCGGGAGCAGUAGACGGGCCGGACUGGAACCGGUGUGAAGUUUACGACGCCAACUGGACGCAAGUGCUGCAAACCAUGAUGCCUCCAGUUGGGAGCCCCACCGUCCCCUGCCGUCACGGCUGGGAGUUCCUUUACAACGAUAUACCGUACACUACGGUUGUAAGCGAGCGAGGAUGGGUGUGCGAGAACGCAGGAAUCGCGCCCUUCGCGCAGACUAUGUUCUUCGUUGGGUCGCUGGUGGGGUGCGCAUUCUUCGGCUGGGUGGGAGACAAAUAUGGACGAGUGCCAGCUCUAAUAGGAGCAAAUCUCAUUGGAUGUUUCGGGGGAGUGCUGACGCUGUUCACUUCGGGCGUCUGGGACUUCACCAUCGCCAGGUUCAUCGUUGGCUUGUGCAUUGAUUCCUGCGCUAUAAUGAUCUACAUUAUAGUAAUUGAAUACGUGGGUUCUCGCCAUCGAACAUGGAUAUCGAAUAUUUCGAUUGCGGUCUACUGCGGGGGAGGAGCCUUAUUGAUGGUGGGGCUGGCACUCUGGCUCCUGGACUGGCGACACCUAGUCCUGGCCACUUCGCUCCCUAUGCUGUUCGUGCUGGUCACACCUUUGUAUCUACCGGAGAGCGCGAGAUGGUUGGCUUCUAAAGGAAAAGUCAACAAAGCAGUAAACAUGUUGAAAAAGUUCGAAAAGGUUAACAGGAGGGGUAUACCAGACGACCUUAUGGCAGAAUUCAUCGUAGUCGCAAGCCAAAAAAGCACAGUAGACGAGUCGCUGCGAGCAGUAGUAGCCAGCAAACCCCUUCGGAACAGCUUGCUCGUCCUCAUAGCAGUCACGAUGGUGGGCAACCUCGGCAUCGACGCCAUCCUCAGGAUGUCCGAGAGCAUCGGCACCAACUUCUUCCUCACCUUCACGCUGUCCUCGGCGUCGGAGAUACCGGCGCUUGUGUUGGUCACGCUGGUUUUGGAUAAAUGGGGUCGCCGUAGUUUAAUCUCUGGGACAAUGGCAGUGGCGGGAAUUCUGGCUCUCUUUACUGCAUUCACUAGUAAAGGUGUGACGCAAAUGGUGCUGGCGGUGGCGAUGCGGUUUGCCGUCAACAUGGCAAUCGGCGCGCAGCUGCAGAUGGUAGCCGAGCUCAUUCCAACCGGCGCGCGCGCAAGUGGCAACGCGCUCGUGCAUCUCACCGUCUACGUGGCAGCCAUGUUCUCACCGUACGUCGUUUACUCGCAACGUCUAUGGAUGCCGCUGCCGCUGCUGAUCAUCGGGCUCCUCUGCCUGGGCGCCGGCGCGCUGUCGCUGCUGCUGCCCGAGACCAAGGGCCAGCCCAUGCCGCAGACCAUCGCCGACGCUGAGAAGCUCAUCAGGGACGGGAUGCUGUGGCAGAAAAAAAAGCCAGAUUUAGAUCAAAAUGAGAGACUCAAUGAAGAAUUCCGAAAAAUGAGCAUGAGUGUCACAAGUUUACAUAGAAUGUAAUGUUAGUAACAAAUUAAGUAAAUUAUUAAAUUAAUUAUUUUUAGUAUUUAUAAAUAAUACCUACCUACUAUGUGAUAUGUUAAGUUGUGAUUUGAAAGUGCCUAAAACGAUUAAUAAAGUGAUAUUUUUAAUGAAAUGCUAUAUUUAAUUGUAUGUUUUAAUUUAUGCAUUAGACAUGAAUAAGUUUUUUCGAUAAGAGACAAGUGUGUUAAAAAAGUUGAUAACCCUCUUUCUGGCGCAGUCGGGUAAAAAUGAAACAACUUUAAUAGGUAAGACAAAAUUGUUUAUCUACAGAAGACAAUGCUAUUGUACAGUUACCUAUGACAAAAUAAUAAUUUAUUAUUGUUCAGACUUUUAAGUUUUAACAAUCAGCACCAUAAAUACGUAAUUUCCUACACACAGUAGGUAAAUAGUAAGGCAUUUAAAAUUAGGCAACACUUUCAUAACAUUGUAUUAUUUUUAAUUGAAUCAAAUAAAAACAAAAGAGAAUAUCUUUUUCAUUUUAAUAACAAAAUUGACUGAUAUUUUCCCUAAUUUUUAAUGAAAAUGCCAAUUAAAAUUUAACUGUAUUUACACUUUUUGCAAAAAUUCCUAAUCAAAGUACCUUACUUUACAUACGAGAUAUU